AUGUUCGGUCUGAAGAUGCUUCCACUUCUGCUGUUACUCCACGUGCAGCUUUCCAAGGCCUUUCUAGUACAUUCUGAAUUCCUAGAAGAGAAAACUACAAAAAUUGUUCAGAAUUACCUAGAAAAGUUCUACCAAUUACCAAGGUACAAAUAUCAGUCUGAAAGGAAGAACAGCACUAGUGUGAUUGUUGAGAAGCUUAAAGAAAUGCAGCAAUUCUUUGGGCUGAACAUAACAGGGAAGCCAAAUGAGGAAACCUUGGAGAUCAUGGGAAAGCCUCGCUGUGGAGUGCCCGACACUGGCAAUUUUAUGAUAACUCCAGGAAACCCCAAGUGGAAACAAACUGAUCUGACCUACAGGAUUAUUAACUAUACCCCAGACUUGUCAGAGGCUGAAGUGGAAACAGCUCUUGAGAAAGCCUUUAAACUCUGGAGUCUCGUGUCACCCCUGAACUUCACCAAGACCUCACAGGAAGAAGCAGAUAUCAAGAUUGCCUUUCUCCAAGGAGAUCAUGGGGACAAUUCUCCAUUUGAUGGACCCAAUGGAAUCCUUGCUCAUGCCUUUCAGCCAGGCCCAGGUAUUGGAGGAGAUGUUCAUUUUGAUGCAGAAGAAACAUGGACCAAUACCUCCAGAAAUUACAACUUGUUUCUUGUUGCUGCCCAUGAAUUUGGCCAUUCCUUGGGGCUGGCUCAUUCCUCUGACCCUGGUGCCUUGAUGUAUCCCAACUACGCUUUCAGUGAGCCCAGCACCUACUCACUCCCUCAAGAUGACAUCAGUGGCAUUCAGGCCAUCUAUGGACCUUCAAGCAACCCUGUGCAACCUACUGGACCAACCACACCCACAGCCUGUGACCCCAGACUGACAUUUGAUGCUAUCACUACACUCCGCGGAGAAAUACUUUUCUUUAAAGACAAGUACUUCUGGAGAAAGCAUCCUCACCUACGAAGAGUCGAACUCAAUUUCAUUUCUCUCUUCUGGCCAUCCCUGGUAAAUCGUAUACAGGCUGCUUAUGAGGAUUUUGACAAGGACCUAAUUUUCAUAUUCAAAGGCAAUCAGUACUGGGCUGUAAGUGGCUAUGAUAUUCAGCAAGGUUAUCCCAAGAAUAUAGCAAACUAUGGCUUCCCAAGCAGUGUCCAAGCAAUAGAUGCAGCUGUUUCCUACAGGGGAAAGACAUACUUCUUUGUAAACAACCAAUUCUGGAGAUAUGAUGAUCAAAGUCAAUCCAUGGAACCAGGUUAUCCCAAAAGCAUAGCAAGUAGCUUUCAAGGAAUAGAAAGUAGAGUUGAUGCAGUUUUCCAGAAGAAUUCCUUCUUCUUUUUCUUCAGUGGACCAAGAUAUUAUGCAUUUGAUCUUAGUGCUCGUAGGAUUACUAGAGUUGAAAGAAGCAAUAGAUGGCUUAACUGUAGAUAA